CUGUUUAUCAGUCUUUGAGCUUCGUUGCUCAGUAACGAUCUUGUUGCCUCGAAGCCUUAAAUGAUUUCUGUGAAGUCCUUGAUUGUUUUGACCAAUUAUGCAACGCUCGCUAGUUGCGUAGCGCAGUAUCUUGUUGUUGACUAAUUACAGCAUCUUUUGUUCCUGCAAAAUUUAGUCAUAAUCAAAACACUCCUCAAUGUGCGUACGUGUUUUACGGUUUGUCGUUCAGUUUUGCUGGUGGUUGCAUCACAAGUGAACACUCGCUUGCGUUCAUUUUUGGUUUCUAAUGAAAGUUAUCAGGUAAAAAAAUAUGAACAAACGUUUUGCUUUUCUUUUAAUUGGGGGCCUUGUUAUCCCACAAACCUUCUGGUCCUGAUUUUAUCGACCCCAGAAACAUGGGAAACCGAGUUCAUUUUAUAUAAAAUGUACAAACAUAUUUUAUUCCUUAAAACUAAAAAUUCCCUCACUCCUCUUUAAGAUUCAGCGGGAGUGGCAAACAAAUAGGUGCGCAAAGCAUGCUUAUAGCUGCCCCCUCUUUCUAUGCCAUCUUUUCUGGUUCACAAGUUUGGCUUAAUCGUUUAUUCGUUAGGUAUUUCAUCGUGUUGUUUAAUGAGCAUCUUCUUGAUGUUCUUCUUCUUCUUUUUCUUCUCCUGGGAUUUAAGUAAGAGUGCUAGUACUAGUAUUUUAGCCAAUUAACCUAUAGAAAGCUGUAAACAACGAAGACAGCAGCGGCAACGACAUCGUCACAAGCCAAUAAUAUGAUUGGUUGGAAAUUUUCGUGUUGCACGUGUAGCGCUCAUUUUUGUCCAUUUCUUUGACGUGAUAUGGAAAACGACAAAGUGAAAUUUGCAAAUUUGAGGUUUUAACGACACCGCGAUUUUUUGUAUUAUUUUCAUCAAAACAUGCAUUCCAAUUGUAAACUCAUUCACCUAUUUUUCACAACGUGAACUGGAGAGAAAUAAGCGAAAUAAAAUAAGAGAGGGUCUCAAUGGGGUGGUAGCUUUUACUGUUACAGGCUAAAAUUUUGGCUCUUUUACGGCCAUCGGUUAAUUUUUCCAGUUACAGUUAACUCUUUCUUAUCCUAUUUACGGCUAACGGUUAAAAUUUUUUAUUUUUUACGGCUAUCAACUAAAUUUUUGGCCGCUUUACGCCUAUCGGUUAACCCCAUUGAGAAAGUGGUCUUCUUACCAACGGAUAUAUCAUAAUAUCUUUCAUUGAGGACUUGGGAAGCUCGUGUUCAACUCCAGUGAGAUGAAACUUGUUGCAAUAUUUUAACUGAGGUGUCAACAGGGUUUCUGCAUUCAAGCAAAGCAUAUUACCACCCAUUGCCCACGGAAUUUUAUUGCACUUGUCCGUCGUGCAUUCGUAACUCUUGAUAACAUCUACAGUGAUGCGUAUGAAAAGUUUCAACCUGCUACUUUGAGCUCGCAUUGAAAUCUCUUAAUUUUUAAAACUGGAUCGAUCCGUGAGCAAAUUAAAAUUCCCCAAAAUUUCUUUAUUGUUUAGUCUCAGUCAAGGCUUCAUUGUUUUUCAGAUGACUUGCCUUCUACGUUCGUACACAAAAUAGUUCCUUUAGGUUAAGAGUCAGCAUUGUUCUCUAAUGAACAACAAAAGAACUCUCUGUGUAAAAUCAUGGACCUUCUGGCGAUAUAUAUUUUAAUCACAAAGGCAAUUUAUUUGGCUUAAAAUGAAUGGUAAGAGUUCAGUGACUUCAAACAGUGGUUUAAUGGUAAUUGAAAUAGCCGAUCAUCCGUAAUUAAUACGUAAACAAAUGUUGAUAUUAAUCCACGUAACACCAAUCCCACAAGAUAUUGUAUCAUUUUGAUUACAAUUUCGGGGAAACACAUGAGAGAGAAAGUUUAAUGAAGAUAGAUGGUCUGUUUAAUGCACCAAGCAAUACUGACAUCAAGCAGGGCACCUAUAGAGUAUGUGCCCGUUCCGGCGGCCAUGUUGGAGGAGUAAAACAAUAAAACUAUUUUCCUUUGGGAAAACAAAUAUUGUUAUUGUUUACUCCUCCAACAGGGCCGCCGCGCACAGACUCUAUAAAAAAACAUCAAGGAUUUGUAUAAAGCCAAAAUAGUUGAAUAUGGAUAAAUGUUCCAGAAGUAAUAAAAAAAGAAAAAAAAAAAACAAAAGUAGCUGACCUCAGAAGGUUUUUUCUAUCUCCCUUUCACGGGAAGAGAAGGGCGCCCCUUUGCCCCACUGUCCUGGUCCUGAUUUUUUUAGAAAGCAGAGUCUGAAAAAAAAUAAAAAUAAAAUAAAUAUUCCCUUCUUUUCUGACAGAUUCAGUUUGUGAAUGAAUUACACGCACCUUUGUGUGAAGUUAAGGCGAUUGGAGACCGUGACAGACGUCAGAAGUUAUGAAUUUAACCACCGUUAACUGCGUUUGGAGACCGUGGCUGAAAAAAGAUGUUACCUUAAACACAUUUUCUUGUAACUUUUUCAGAGUUUAUCGCAAAGCAUUAUUAUCAUACCACAAAACAAUCAUUAGCAAGCCAAUGGAGCGUUUAAGCCGUCAACUUUUACAGAAAUUUGAUUUCUAAGAUCAAGAAAGAACGAUUUUAAUACGAUAAUCGCGCGGCUCACUGCUGAAUCACAAAUUGCCCAUUAAAUAAGCUCUUCCAACCAGCCGACUGACCACAGACGAGCGAAGGAGUGGUAGAAGUUGGAUAAACAUUGUUGACUCAUUGUUUGCACUGCCUUGUAAUUAGCCUCAAAACUGCUGUUAGUCCAUGUGAGUCACUAUUACAAAAUUAGUGCUCAAUAUCAAUUUCUUUGAAACAAGGAUAACAAUGUGGCGAAAUGAACGCAAAAUGUUGAAGAUUUCACAAAUAUGUACAAAAGCAGCUCUUUUGUUUGUGUUAUAUAUAGAUGAUUUUCACGUUACUUCAUCGCCGCCAUGCUGGUGGACGGUAAACAAAAGAUCGCUCAUUAGCUCGUUUUGGUUGUCCACCAGCAUUUGUUCAUUUCACCAUUGUUAUUUGUGUCUCCCAAGACUGCAUGAAAACCACCUAUUGCGCGCGCCUUUCAAUGAAAUAUAUGUAUGUUUGUAUUAUAAGGAUAGUUAUGUGUAUGGCCAGAUUGUUAGUUGAUGACCCUUUUUCGACCAUAAACUGAUGGAAUUUAAUUAUACGGAUGAGUAAAACGCUACAAAGGAUUCCUGUUGAUGAAUUGACGCUCCUCUCCGAUAAUUGGGCCGUAGUUAUCUUUUGAAAAUCGUAAGUAGGAGACGCCUGAGAGCGUUGACGUCGGUUGCUUGCUCACAAGUUUAAUUACCAACGUUUUGUAAUUACAACAGAAGUUCAGUCAAUACAGUCAGUAUUUCAUGCUAUUAUUCCACUAUCCUGGACAAUACAGUGCAAAGAAUAUCUAAAAUAUUUGAAAUUUUCGCGAAACUCCUCGCGUGAUCUUUGAUUUCACCAAAAUAAUCCAAAUUAUUAAAUGGAAACAAUGUUCCGUUGCCAUGCAUCAGGAUACCUGUGAAGCGAGGAAUUUACUCUAUAUCUAUAGUCACGAAGCAAUUUAAUGACUGCUAGAGGAUGAUUCUCAUAAACAGUUCCUUCAAUUUUGGAAUCAAACCACCAGGCUCCUUGGAGAUAUCAAGGUGAGAAGAGCCGCUUUGGCUGAGCCAAAAAGCUUUGAAUGGGAAACUAAACCACAUAUAUAAAUCAGUGUUGAAAUUCGUACGCCGCCUGUUUUGGUAACUAUUUCGUUCUGGGGAUAUCAGCUCACAACACCAUGAUACCUUAGCAAAUGUAGCAAGUGUACAGUGAGAACAAAAAGAUGUGAUUGCAGAUGCAUUUGAGGACAAACUCACUCAGUAUAAGAGCCCCAAUAACGUUUGGCCGAGGCGAAAUCUCGUUUUCUGUUUAAAUAGUAACUAGUGCAGUGAAAGCUUUUUAAUCCUGGAUUCCUGAAUUUGCUAAAACUGUUAGCUUAAGGUCUCGGUAAAAGGAAACGAGGUGCCCACAGAAAAAAAUUCUAGUCGCGCGAGUAUUUUCGCUACAAAGGCAAGUUAUAUAUCAAAUUAAAGCUAAAAGACUAAAUUACCUUAUAAAAGAUUUUAUUUCAUCGAAUUUCAAAAGGCGCUUAAGUUUUUUGCUCUCGAACUCAGAGGUAUCGGGUUUACUGCUGAAGCUCCAGCCCUUUCGCGUUGUUAAAUAUUCACUUCCUUUUUAUUGCAUCUGAUUGACAGAUAAAAGACCUAAAAAGGGUGUGAGGAAUUUUCCGAUUUCCCUUUGUAACUGAUUUUAUGUCAGUUUCUUGCGUAAAUCGCGCUCGAGAUUCGACUUUUAAGUUUGAAAUGCAAUAAUUCCGCUAAUACGAGACAUAUGCAAAUUUCCCCUCCACGAAGCCAAUUAAGGUCGAGAGUUCUUCGGCUGAAGAUAGCAUGGAAUUUAAGCUUUGACUUGGACUCCUAUUGAAGGAUGUUCUGCGCUCCCUUUAUUCAAAAUAAGACAACUUGGUUGAAUGACAUAUUUUAGUCGGUUUGUGCAGUGAGGCCUAAGGAAAUACUUGAUUAAGUGGUUUGGGAUCCCAUGAUUAUUCUCCCCGAAUGACUACACAACCGAAACAAUGGCUUUUCCCAGACCCAUCGACAAGAUCAUUUUAAGGUUUGGAGGAAACAGGUCAAAAUAGUAUAAUUCAAAAUUUCCCUCUAGGGAACGCAAUUUUUCAUUUUCAAAAUCGGUCUGUUAGGAAGUUUGUCAUGUAUACACUAUUAGGAAGUGGGAGUGUAUAUAAAGGAUUCAAAUGAACAGAUGUAGUCCAUUCUCCUUUGUACAAACUAUAUAUUUAUAUAUAUAUAUAUACACACACACACUGCGUAUGUUUAUUAGUAGAACUGAUUUAAAAGAGCGCUCAACUCUAAGAGGAGAAGUGAUAAGUCAGUUUAGGACUUCAUCAAUAAUUCAAUGUUAUAUUUCUACUGCUCGGUUUCGUAUGGUCAAAGAAUGGCCACACUCAUUGGGAAAUUUUAACGAUGCAAAUAUAAGUUUGGAAGUCAAGCAUGCUUUCGAUCUUUCAUACUUGAGUACGAGUGUUCUAUAAAUGUUCUUGUCAUUCAUGAAAUUAGAAUACUGAAAAGGCAAAAUGGCGGAAAAUGAUAACCAGUACACUGUGGAUAGACAGCAAGUGGAAGAGGAAACCAGCUUCAUGCUGGAGCCGGUAAGAGAUAAAGUUGUAUUUUGUCAUUAUUUUAACACUUUUUUCAAUACUUUUGACAUCUUUUUAAAAUUCAUUUAAAAUUCUUGCCUGGAAAACGGCAUUUGUUUCCCAUUUUCACACUUUAAGCAUUCCACGAAUUAACUAUUCGCAUUCCUUAGUCGUCAAAGUAAUUAUCGUGGUAAGAAGGAGCAUCUCUCUCAACCCACCCGACCCUCGUGUCCAACUAUCCUUGGCCUUAAGAGCUCUAGAGAGCUGGCACUAGUCACUGUUUUUGUACCCAUGGUGUCAAACCGGCAUGCUUUACGCUUAGACUUUAAAGCCUUCUUUCCUAUUGUCAAAGAAUUAAUUCUUUAGUUGUGUUCUUUGAAGGUGAUCGUGCGAAAUAGGAAAGUGCCGAGCAAGAGGGAAAAGCCAAAAGCGUUUGGUUUGUCUUACCUUGUCAACGAACAUCCCCCAUGGUAUCUUUGCAUAUGGUUGGCUUUUCAGGUAGGCAAAUACAGCUGAAGAUGUGCUUUGCUUCUUUUAACUACUUAGUCUUCGGAUUCGUCUAGAUUAAUUGGUGACCACAGUAUUUCUCUCUUUUUAACAUUGUUCCUAAUAUUUUCAGCAUUUCCUAACCAUGCUUGGAUCAACAUUGGCGAUUCCCUUCAUUUUACAAAUUCCCAUGUGUUUUCAAGGCAACAAACUUGUCAUCAGUGAAAUCCUGAGCACUAUAUUCUUCGUAUCUGGAAUUGCUACAUUGUUACAGACUACGUUUGGUGUCAGGUUAAUAUAUUUCUUUUGCUGUAAUUUUUGAAUUGUGGGCAAGGGCAAGAGAAGUUGAAGCCAUAGGGACAGAUUAUUGUUACGACAAUGAUAAAAAAUACGCUUUUGGCUUAAUAAUGAGGGAAGAAAAUAAUCUUGCUGCACGUGCAACUAACGAGCACGUGCGGAAUGCAGAACGCAUUCAGUGUACAAUGUCGUUCACUGCAAAACAACAACCAAUUUUAAGAUUUCGACAAAGAGGCGAGCAUACAACAGUGAAUCGUUCACUUCGAAAUCCAGUUGUGUUGGCCAGAACAAAACGUAGCAAAGAGAAGCACCGGAUUCCGAUGAAGGAUAUGAUCAACAGUUACAGAGAAAUGCAAAUGAAAAAAAGCAAGGCUGAUCAAAUAGUGAACGGAAUAUAUAUGUAUUAUUCUAACUAAUAUCGCGAAAGGCAUAGCCUCUAGAUCUGUUCAACAUAAUGUUACAACGAGUUGUUGAACUAUGAAAGUUGUGAUAGCAAUGUAAACUUUGUUUUAUAGUUGUUUACCUAUAUAUCGUUUCAGCUCUUUCAAUGAAAGAUAAUUUAAAUUGUUUCAGGCUUCCAAUUGUUCAAGGAGGAGGUUCCUUGGCUUUUGUUGGUCCAACUUUUUCCAUUUUGUCCCUGCCGCAGUGGAAAUGCCCAGACCUGAGUGGUAAGCUUACAUCGAUGAAAUCUUAUUUGCAUUCAUGGAGUCUUAAACCAUGUUAGAUUUCCUCUAUGCAAGAAAUACAAGAAAACAAGUCUUGAAAAAACACCUGAUACGAGAAAAAUGAGAGAAUUAAAAAGAAAUCUGCCAAUAAGGCUAUUUUUGGACAUUUUGGUGAGUGGCUACGAAAAUCGGUUCUACGAAACUUGCACUUACGCUGAAGAGAAAACCUAUGGCACUGGAUUUGCAUAAAGACGUAAAUUGAGCGCAGUACCUCUAACGUGGCGCCAGAGCGUCGUACCUAGCGAUGUUUCCCGAGAUUUCGGCCCGGUGAUCGCUUUUGGAGCCAAUGUUCAGAUACCUGUCGCCAGGUAGUGAGGGAGAGAAACGUCGGCCCCUAGACCAUGUGUGACAGAUCCCUUUCAUCCUUUCGGGUCAAUUUGUAAUAACUAUCAACUUCUAUAUAUAUAUAGAUAGAAGUGUACGAGUUAAUUCUUCCAUAUGGUAGGUAAAAGUGUGUCUUGGUGAGCUGUGUAUUUCGCAAUUGCGCAUCCACUCUCUUAGAAACACUUAGCCAAGGUUCAGACGGAUUGUACAAGUUUUUUUGCCUCCCACUCUGUACAUGCUGAUGCGUAUUGACACAAAAUAAAUGGCAUUUUUGCAUACGCAUUUGUUGGAUGAAAGGGAAAUAAAUCGGCCGUUAUCUCGUUCUCUCCUACUAAAUUUUUCUCGCCUUUUUUUUCUUGCUUCCGACAAAGGUUCUAAAGGCCUAAUUUGUACUCAUGGGCAUCGUAAACUAUGUUAGAUUUAUUCUAUGCAAAAAAACCUCUCGUAAAAACAGCUAACAGUAGAAAAAUGACAACAUUUAGAAAAGUGGUAAAAAUGGCCUCUUUUGAAAAGU